AUGGCAGCUGUUCUGUGCAAAUCCAUUGGUGCACUUUGCGCACUGCCCUGCAGGUUGUGCGCUGCGGGUUGCAAGGGAUGCAACGACGCUUGCGGUGGCGCUUGCAAGGGAUGUGAUCAUUUUUUCUCCCUCUUGUGCCGAAAUCCCUUUUCUUUCUUUGUGGCCGUCGCCCUCUUUACCCAGGGACCUGCCAUCUUUUUGGUCAUUCCGGCUGUGGGUGGGAUUCCUGAUUGUUCGGAGUCUCUGUAUUUGGUGGUCAAUACGGUGCUGGCGGCAGUCAAUGUGUUUACUGCCUUUUAUUUGGCGUACAAGAUUGUCGAUAUUACCAAUCAAGAGAUGGGAGACACGACCUUUAAGAGGGCAACCUGGCUAAUGUGCAAUGAUCCUUGGAUUGCUAUUUACAUCUGUCUGUUUAUUGGAUUCAUGUGCGUGCAAGCGUGGGGAUCCUCCCUUGGCUUUGGAAACAUGUUUGAUAGUGACAUUCCUAUGGACGAUCAAAUUUGUCCGGAAUCCACUGGACAAAUGUUACAGAUUGGAACUGGUUUGGGAUGGGCUUUUUGCUUUCUUGGAUUUGGAGCUCUGAUGUUUAGUCUGUGUUGUGCCAAAUUUGACAAUACCGAUUACACUCAAUCAGCAAACAAUAAUAACAACGGUACCAACAGCACGAAUCCAUCAGUACCACAUGGAUCCUAUGAUGCCCAUCAGAACAGCAACAACAAUGGGGGGAAUGCUGCCACCUACAAUGCCGAAGCCGUGCCAGAAAAUGAUUUUGUCCAACCCACUGGAAAGAAGGAUUCCAAACCAUCCGCAUCGAGUAGCACUAGUAGUCCUCCCGUGUACAACCAGCAAGGUGUUCCCAGCAAUGAUUUUGUUGCGCCCAAUCAUCCACCACCACGUGCUCAGGCACAACAAGAAGAAGUACCCAUGGCGUAUGCGGAAGCAAUUCCGCAAGCAUCCGCUCCACCAUCAGAGUAUGACAAUGCUGCUGCUGGAACAGGAAAUACCGCAUCACAAGCCAGCAAUAACAACAACAGCAACAACAACAAGAAUAACGGUUCUACUGGUGGUAAGGUUGGCGGAACGGCCGGCAAGCAAAUUGGAAAAUUGUGGAGCAAAGACGAAACCAAACAACAAAAGAUUGCCCAGCAGGGACAAAAGGCAGGUGAGUCUUUGGAGACGGGGGUUUUGGCGGCCAAGAACUUUUUGCAAUCCAAAUGGAAGAAACACAAUGAUAACAAGAAAUAA